AUGGUUGUUUGCCUUAUCAACGCAGCAAUGGAUGACGCGACAAAGAAAUUGUUGAUGAACGGAGUCGUUGCAUUCUAUGUUACCACAGUGAUCUGCUACGCUUUUUUUCUCCGUAAAGUGAGGAAAGUAUCAGUAAGUGAAGAACAUAUGCGUGGAAUUUAUCGCUCACUAAUACUAGUUACUGCCGCAAUCGCCCUCAGUUUUGUGAGCUUCGGGGUUGUGAAUGUAGUGCUUUCUAUCUUGCAAAUCAAUAUGGACGAGCUGAAUAGGACUUGGCUAACUGGAACGUUCCUAAACUUGUCUACUGCUGCAAACUUCUUCAUUUACUACUUCAAUAGCAAACAAUAUCGCAACCUAUUUGACCACUAUCUUUUCAUCAACACUUUGAAGAAAGCAUUGAAGGCAAAGGAGACAUCUGCGGUGACGGUAGUUGGGAAGAAUGAGCGACCCACCAAGAGUUCACGUUACUGA